ACAACGCCAAGCGUCCACGAAGCGCCUGAAGCUGCCUGCCACAGUAGGUCCCAGCACGGCCACAGCCACUACUGCGUCCCUGCCGCCACCGCCGCCACCACCACCACCACCACCACCACCUCCUCCUCCUCCUCCUCCUCCGCUACCGCUGUCUCGGCUGCAGUAGUGUCUCCAGCAGCAUGUCUGGAAGGAAGAUUUCAUCCGAGUCCUUCAGCUCUUUGGGCUCUGACUACCUGGAGACCAGCCCGGAGGAGGAAGGGGAGUGCCCAUUGUCCAGGCUCUGCUGGAAUGGCAGCCGGAGCCCUCCUGGGCCACCUGGCUCCAGAGCGGCCGCCACCCAGGCCCCCGCUGCCUCUGCCGCCGCGGCAGCUGCUGCUGUCUCCGCCGGGUACAAGAGAGCCCAACGCCGCCGAAGGGUCAACCUGGACUCACUAGGAGAGAGCAUCAGCCUCCUGACGGCGCCCUCGCCUCAGACGAUACACAUGACUCUCAAGAGGACAUUGCAGUAUUAUGAACAUCAAGUUAUCGGUUAUAGGGAUGCAGAAAAGAAUUUCCACAAUAUCUCUAGCAGAUGCUCCUAUGCAGACCAUUCCAACAAAGAGGAAAUUGAAGAUGUCUCAGGAAUUCUUCGAUGUACUGCUAAUGUACUCGGACUGAAGUUCCAAGAAAUUCAAGAAAGAUUUGGUGAAGAAUUCUUUAAGAUAUGCUUUGAUGAGAAUGAGAGGGUCCUUCGAGCUGUAGGCAGCACAUUGCAGGACUUCUUCAAUGGCUUUGAUGCAUUGUUGGAACACAUUAGGACUUCUUUUGGGAAACAGGCCACUCUAGAGUCAUCAUCUUUCCUAUGCAAAGAGCUUCCUGAAGGUACUCUAAUGCUCCACUACUUCCACCCUCACCAUACGGUGGGCUUUGCAAUGAUGGGAAUGAUUAAGGCUGCAGGAAAGAGAAUCUAUCACUUAAAUGUGGAAGUUGAACAAAUUGAAAAUGAGAAAUUGUGCUCUGAUGGUUCAAACCCAAGCAAUUGUAGCUGUCUUACUUUCCUUAUCAAAGAAUGUGAAACUACUCAGAUCACAAAGGACAUUCCACCAAGUACUUCCCAAGUUCCUGCAGACCUUAGAAUCAGCAUCAACACCUUUUGCAGAGCCUUCCCCUUCCAUUUGAUGUUUGACUCUAACAUGGUGGUCCUUCAGCUUGGGGAGGGCCUACGGAAGCAACUUCGAUAUGACACUCACAAAGUCCUGAAAUUUGAGGACUGUUUUGAGAUCGUCUCUCCAAUGGUUAAUGCCACGUUUGAUAGAGUCUUGCUCAGAUUGUCCACCCCAUUUGUUAUAAGGACCAAGCCCGAAGCUUCUGGUACUGAGAAUGAAGAUAAGGUGAUGGAAAUCAAAGGACAAAUGAUCCAUGUCCCAGAAUCAAGUGCCAUAUUGUUUUUGGGCUCUCCAUGUGUGGACAAGCUGGAUGAACUCAUGGGCCGAGGACUGCAUCUCUCAGACAUCCCUAUUCAUGAUGCCACCCGAGAUGUCAUUUUAGUUGGAGAGCAAGCAAAGGCCCAGGAUGGCUUGAAGAAGAGGAUGGAUAAAUUAAAGGCCACCUUAGAAAGAACUCACCAGGCCCUAGAAGAAGAAAAAAAGAAGACGGUGGAUCUGCUGUAUUCCAUUUUCCCUGGUGACGUAGCCCAACAGUUGUGGCAAGGACAGCAAGUACAAGCCAGAAAGUUUGAUGAUGUCACCAUGCUCUUCUCCGACAUUGUGGGCUUCACAGCCAUAUGUGCUCAAUGCACUCCCAUGCAGGUGAUCAGCAUGCUCAAUGAACUCUACACGAGAUUUGAUCACCAGUGUGGCUUUUUGGAUAUUUACAAGGUGGAAACAAUAGGGGAUGCCUACUGUGUUGCAUCAGGGCUGCACAGGAAAAGCCUAUGCCAUGCAAAGCCCAUUGCUCUGAUGGCCUUAAAGAUGAUGGAGCUUUCAGAAGAGGUUCUAACUCCCGAUGGAAGACCCAUUCAGAUACGGAUAGGCAUUCACUCAGGCUCUGUGCUGGCUGGUGUGGUCGGAGUAAGAAUGCCACGAUAUUGUCUUUUUGGAAAUAAUGUCACUCUGGCAAGCAAAUUUGAAUCUGGAAGUCAUCCUCGACGUAUCAACGUUAGCCCAACUACUUACCAAUUGCUAAAACGAGAAGACACUUUCACAUUUAUUCCUCGUUCUCGCGAAGAACUUCCAGACAACUUUCCAAAGGAAAUUCCUGGGGUCUGCUAUUUCCUGGAGUUAAGGACUGACCCAAAGCCACCAAAGCCAUCCCUAUCUUCAUCGAGAAUAAAAAAAGUUUCCUACAAUAUUGGUACAAUGUUCCUCCGGGAAACAAGCCUCUGAGACUUGCUGCAGAUCAAAGACUCCUCCAAAAAGCACAAACCCAGAACAUGGGUCCUGAUGAGGGGAGGAAGAAGCUAUUUCUCUUCCAAUGCUCUGUAAGAACAUAUAGUAGUUUUGUGUUAAUGUCAGGCAAUAAUCAUUGAAACAGUGAAUGACUGCUGUCAAUUCAAAAACAAAAAUCUGGAUGGGAUGGUGUGAGGGAAAAGUAAAAUGUGUCCAUCCAUAUGAGUAUUUCUGGUAAUAUAUAUUUUAUUUACAAGUACAGGCAAUCAAAAUAACCAAUCAAUAGAGCCUAUGGUUUCUUGUUCGUCAGCCAUACAGGUAUCUCUCCCUAUAUAUUUGUACCACUUUUGAAAGCCAGUUUUAAAUAUGUAUUCCUACAUAGAGUGAACUGAUAGGUAAGGAAUAUCCUCUAAUUUUCUUUUCCUGAAUAGAUAUCUCAUACAUAUAUCAUGGCAGUGUGAUUAAACUUCCAAGCAGGAAGAACUAUAAAUCACCAAAAUAUUUUAGGGAUAUUACCUAUUUUUAUAUAUCUAUAUCUAUAUCUUCUUCUAGAUAAUUGCAUCUCACACAGAUGAUUAGAUGUUUAGAAUGUGCUAUUGCUUUGUGAGUAUAUUAUGUGAUGCUAACCUACUAAUCGAAUACAAUUUCACUUAUUUAGAGAGAUUAGUGCUUGAACUGAGAGUGUGUAUAACUAAGGAUAUCAGCUGUUGGGAAAACAUGUGUCUGCUUAGUAAACAUACAUUUUAGAUCUGCUUAAUGUAGCUUUGAUCCAGAGGAAAUGGAGUUUUCUAGUAGACGAUAAACCUGUAAGAUAUAGAAAAGAUUUUUCUUAAUCUAAACACUUACAAGUUAAAACAAGACACUUUGUAAAACUGGGCCCUUUUCACAUUAAAACUUACCAGUGUAAUGGUGUUUGCAACCUUAAGUGGCUCUGUAAUCGAUAUCAUCUCUCAAAAUCAUGUAUUAGUAGCUGCCCUUUCUGUCUCUGACCUAUGCCUUCAAAGAACUAACUGUCACACUCUGAAGCAAGUUCUGAUAUUAGAGUUACUGACAAAUAUCUGUCAGGAAAUUUUGUCAAGAAUGUUGUUUCUUAUUGCCUAACAACAAAGCAAAGAAAAGCUCUGGAUUUCAUGCCUUUGGGAUUCUAAAAAUUAUAUUCUUUGGAGGUUUUGUUGAUCCAAGCUCUAAAGUAGCGAACUGCCUCAUGAACACCAGUGUAGGCCUAACCUCCAAAUUCCACUAACACCAUGUAUACAUAGAUAGCAUUCCAUUGCAUGCUUUACUAAAUUAAGUACUGCUAUCAAUAGCCAACACUGCAUGAAAAUAAUCUUUACAGGCUCACACUGAAAUCAGGAGUGCACAGUGUGGCAAGAAUUUUCAUAUUUGGAAUCGCAUAUAAAAUGUAAAUGAAUAAAGAGUUUAGUGAUCUGGAAGCAUUUGCUGUUUUGAUAUAUUAGAAUGGACCUUUUCUUCUUACUCAAGAAUCCAGUAUGAAUUCUCACUGGUAGCUAUGUUUACUGGACACAAUAUACUUUUUUUCAGGGAUUUGGGCCUGCAUUAAACAUUCUAACAUAUUCCUAUAUG